GAAAAGUAGACUGGUUUACUGUCAUGUCAAACCGGAAGCACAUGUUUUGGAAUUUCCCGAUAAAGCAAAUGAAAAGUUGAGAAUAUUCUAGAAAUUCAAGAAAAAAUCAAAAUUACAUUUCUGAUUAUUAAAACUAAAAUGUCAUCUGUGGAAGAGAUUAAAAAAGAUGUUGAAGAAAUUAAGAAAUUUAUUGGGGAAGCCUCGAGAACCAGAGUCCGUGAUAUUUUGGAAUUAGAAUUACACAAGCUAGAGUUUCAGCUGUAUCAGAAAACUGGGAACAGUGAAUAUGAACACAGCAAGCCAGACACUGUCACGGGAACAACGACGGUGGUCGGCAGAGGACCGCAGAUAUUCACAGAAAAAAUUACAAAUUAUGCUUGGGAUCAGUCAGACAAGUUCAUGAAGUUGUAUGUCACCUUGAGUGGUGUCCAAUCGAUCCCUGGAGAAAACGUAACUUCAAAGUUCACUGAAAAAUCUGUUGAACUGCAUAUAAAAAACCUCAACAAUAAAAACUACGAAUUGUAUAUAACCAAAGUCUGUGAGUCGAUUGAUGCAAGUGCAAGCUACCACAAAGUUAAGACCGAUAUGGUGCUACUGAUGUUAAAGAAGAAGGACACUGGCAAAGCAUGGGCUUACGUUACAGAAGCAGAAAAGAAGGCAAAGGAAACUAAAAAGCCACCGAUUGAUGAAAAGGACGAUCCGAAUGCGAGUAUAAUGAAACUGAUGCAGAACAUGUACGAGGAGGGCGAUGAUGAGAUGAAGCGAACCAUUUCCAAGGCGUGGUCCGAAUCCAGGGACAAACAGCCAUCAUUCUAGAACACACAUCAAACAGAAACAAGCGUACUGCCGUUAAUAAACAAAACAUAUUAACAUUAUCGUCAUUAUUAUCCGAGUGAUAAAAAAAGCUUUUAAUCAGUGUGGAAAUGCAGUUAGCAAGUGAAACAUGUGAAUGGGUUAUGACUGAAUAUCACAUCUUGUAAGAAAAAAAAACAUGGUUGACAGCCAGAAUAUGUCAAGCUUUGAAUAGUGUUUUAUGUUCCAUUUGGAUCACGUAUAACUGCUGAUAAUAUUGGACAAGGAAAACUAAAACAAAACAAAAAUAUGUGGGAGUGGGUGUGAAUUCAUGAGACAUUUCAAGCAAGAAACAAAGUGAUGCUUUCGCAACCGUGUCAAAAAUGCUGAAGGACUGAAAUUGUUGUUUUUUACAGACUUAACUCACUAACAUUUAAAAUAAAACCAUAUACACCAAAUACAUAACCCCCAAACCCUUAAUUUUCAACAUGGCUGGUACUAUCACUCCCAAGUUAAGAAAAUAAAAUAUCCCCAAAAUGGGGAAUUCAUUUAUUA